AUGGCCGUACCUGAGUCUCCCGGGGAGCUCCCGGCAGCUCUCCCGGGCGGGCGGCGCUGGACGGGCGGGGGAAGGAGUGGGACUCGGAAGAAGAGAGCGGGGAGGGGAGACAGUGGGCGCGGACCCGGCGUUGGCCGCUCAGUCGCAGCUGCGCCCCCGCUCAUCGAGCCGAUCGGCCCUCCGCAGCCUGGCGCCAGGCGGAGGGGGCGGGUCCAGGCCGCGGAGAUCGUCGAGGGAGUCGAUUUCCCCCUCAACUCUCCUCUUGGAGGCCGCGGCGGACGCGAAGCUUAG